AUGGACGAUGAUCUGUUCCAACUGAGACAGCUGCCUGUUGUCCGCUUCCGUCGUACAGGUGAGAGCAUACGCUCAGAGGAUGAUGGAGAGAACAGAGAACAGUUUAUCAGGAUCGCCGAGCAGACUGAUCUGGAGUCUGUGGCUCUUACAGACGGAGCUCCGGUUCCUCGGGAGUUUGCCAAUCCAACUGAUGACACAUUCAUGGUGGAGGAUGCCGUAGAGGCCAUCGGCUUUGGGACCUUUCAAUGGAAGCUCUCCAUCCUCACUGGUCUGGCCUGGAUGGCCGAUGCCAUGGAGAUGAUGAUCCUCUGCAUCUUAGCCCCUCAGCUCCACUGUGAAUGGAAGCUGCCCAGCCUCCAGGUGGCACUUCUUACAUCGGCAGUGUUUAUUGGGAUGAUGCUCAGCUCCUGUCUUUGGGGAAACAUAUCUGACAAAUACGGCAGAAAAACAGGUCUGACGCUGAGUGUGCUGUGGACCAUGUUCUAUGGCGUACUGAGUGCAUUUGCACCAGUCUAUGGCUGGAUCCUCGUCCUCCGUGCACUCGUGGGCUUUGGCAUCGGAGGAGCCCCACAGUCGGUGACACUGUAUGCUGAGUUUCUGCCAAUGAGGUCCAGAGCCACAUGCAUCUUGCUGAUUGAGAUAUUUUGGGCCCUGGGCACUGUGUUUGAGGUGCUCUUAGCCAUCCUGGUGAUGCCCACUCUGGGCUGGCGUUGGCUGCUCGGACUUUCAACCCUUCCUCUCUUCCUCUUUUCCAUCUUGUGUUGUUGGCUACCUGAGAGUGCUCGAUACGACAUGUUGACGGGGAAUCAUGAAAAAGCCCUGUCCACAUUGAAGCGCAUCGCUGCCGAGAACGGAGUACCGAUGCCCCUGGGGAAACUCAUCGCUGCAAGACAGGAGGAACGUGGAAAGAUUCAAGACCUUUUUUCACCACACUUUCGCUGGACCACAAUUCUGCUGUGGUUCAUUUGGUUUGCGAACGCCUUUUCUUACUACGGGCUGGUGCUGCUCACUACAGAGCUGUUUCAGGAGGGAGGUGCAUGCGGAAUGACCAAACGUAACAAGAGGGAGCUCGGAUGCAACUUGGAGUGUAAAUAUCUGAACUCUGACGACUACAAAGACCUGUUGUGGACGACCUUAUCUGAAUUCCCAGGACUUCUAGUGACACUGUGGGCUAUCGAUCGAUUAGGAAGGAGGAAGACCAUGGCGUUGUGUUUCUUCGUCUUCUCUAUGUGCAUCAUUCCACUCUAUGGCUGUGUUGGGAGAACAUCCAUGACAGUUUUGAUAUUCAUCGCCAGAGCUUUCAUCGCAGGAGGAUUUCAAGCUGCAUAUGUGUACACUCCAGAGGUGUACCCAACAGCGACCAGGGCUUUAGGUCUGGGAAUGAGCAGUGGAAUGGCCAGAGUCGGUGCCCUCAUUACACCUUUUGUUGCACAGGUAAUGUUGGAGUCUUCUGUGUACCUGGCUCUGUCCGUGUACUGCUGCUGCUGCCUGCUCGCCGCCAUCGCCUCCUGUGCACUGCCAAUAGAGACCACAGGCCGCGGCUUACAGGAGUCCACUCACCGCGAGUGGGGCCAGGAGAUGGUGGGCCAGGAGAUGGUGGGCCGGGAGAUGGUCGGCCGGGCCCCCUCCCAAAGCUCAGGGGAACACCCUCCUUCAAGCUCAGGCUCCCAAGGAUGAGGACUUGUUUGCUGGAGCACAACUGGGAGAGGCAAGCACAGUGAGGAAAAGAGGCGAGGAGAGGCCAAGAAAAGCUCAACCAGCUUUCGGUGUCCAUCUCCAGUCCCAUGUUAUGACUCUUCAGUUUAGGCACUACGGUGGCUUCAAAGGGCCAGGCAGCACAAGGAAAUAUGUUUUAUUAUAUAGUCUUCAACUACCAUUGCUGUCACAAUUUUGCCACUGAAUAACCGCACAAGGGGCUACUGGAUGGAACAAAUGACCUACACCAGGGCAAGAUUGAGGAAAAUAAAAGGUGGACAACAUUUGAACAAUUCAUGAGAGAAUUCAAAUACUUUACAUAAAGUAUUGCUUUUUUAAUUCAAGAGAAGUAAAGGUGAAUAAAGGACAAAAAAGUGAUAGCUUCCAUCAACCAUCUUCUUUUGAAAGAGCCUUGAAGAAUAUCUAUUUGAGUUUGAGAGACCUUCUCUUAACCUUCUUUUAACAUACCAGGCACAGGUGCAUAUAUAAAAGAGACCAGCAUAUUGUGAACAAAAUUGUCUGUUAAAAAACACAAGCUUUAUAAAAUGUACAUUACUGAAGUGAGGUACAGUCCCACAUCAUUAAAUCAACAGACAAUAAGAUAAGGUCUGGGGAACCUUAAUUCAAAAAUAAAUAGUGUAAAGGUAGUGAAAGGACACACAGUAAGUCACUGUGUUAAACCUUGUGCUAAAUAUGUUCUUUAUUUUGUGUCAGUAUUAUUUCACAUUUUAACAUGGAUGAUGUUUGUUGUCAGCUGAAGAAACAAGUAUCAUUAUGAGGCCAUAUUAGAAUCAACAACCUAAUAAAUCUGCCAAAGCCUUCACCAUAGCAUAUUUACAUCAGUGACAUCAUACAGUGAACGAUAUUUCAUAAAUAUAACACAACUGGAACAAGUCCACAGAUCCUGGCCUGCAUCUGAAGACAAUUGUAAGUUAAUGUUGAAGUAAAUCUAAAAAGUAUUUUCAUCGCUCAAAGUAACACAAUUUAAAAAAUGCCAUGAACAUGAAUAUAUGGUGUCCUGAUCUAUAAAUGCAGCGUCUCUUGCUCUACUCGACUCGAGGCUUUGCACACAUAGACCUACACAUGUAUGUAUGUACACAUCCAUUAACAGGGUGUUACAUUCUGUCUUUCUGUAAAUAAUGUAUAUGUAUCAAUACCUGUUUUAGUUGUUGUCUUUGCUUUUGUUUGUAACAAAGGUGAUGUGGAGACUGACUUGUCAGAGUGACACACUGUGCAAAGAUUUGUGGAAAAAAAAGGUUACAGGAACUAGUACAGGCCCAGCCAGCUGACUCUUUACCUGUUGGAGAUAUAGUGCUGUAUUAAGUGUCUGUGUGCACAGAUUCUUGUCGAUGCACUGGAUGUAAAUGUGUAUGAUACUAUAGUAAAUAAUCUUUCCAAAA